AUGGAUAAAAAACAGGAAAAGAAAAAAAAGCGGAAAAAGGAAAAGGAAAAGGAGAAGGAGAAGGAAAAUGGGCCCAAUUACUUUUCGGACACUGUGACGUUCUGCGGCACAGUCGUGCGGGACUCCAUGAUGAUUGCAGCGGAGACGAUACAGAACAAUUAUUACCCGAUUAAGGAAUCCAUUCUGAAUAUAUAUGACAGCUACUUUUGCGAUAAUUCACAACACAACAGUAGUAGAGUGAAUGGCGGGGUCCCCUUCUUUACCGUGAAUCAACACAAUUCGAAGAAGAAGUAG